AUGUUCCGGAUACGAUCCGACUGCGAAGCAUCUUGGAUGAGUUCGUCAUCAUCGCUGGGCUCGGAAAAUAUAAUAGAUUUGCAUGGAAAAAACUUGCAGAAAAUUGAGAAAAUCUCCACGAAGCAGCGCCCCAGCAUACUAGAUCUAUCGUGUAACACCAUAGAGAAAAUUGAAAACUUGAACAAUCUGAAUACCAUCAAAGAGCUGAAACUUUAUGGAAACAAAAUAUUAGUUGUGGAAAAUUUGGACAAGUUACGUCAAUUACAGUACCUAAAGCUACAGCAUAACCAGCUCAAGUCAUUUGGAUCAGGAUUAAAUUGCCUCAAUCUUCACACUCUACGAGUUGAUUAUAACAACUUGCUUGAAAUUAAAAGUUCUCAGUUGGCUGGCUGUCCAAAUUUACGCUCUUUAAAUGUUUCCUGCAAUAAUUUGGAAAUUUUGUCGUUUUUAAAGGUUUUACCGGAUUUAGAAGAACUUGCAGCUUCCAGCAAUCACAUUUCAAAUCUUUCUGAUCUUUCAACUUGUCAAUGUUUGCGAGAACUUGAUAUUAGUGACAAUCGUCUGACAGAUAUAUCUGGCAUAGGCGAAUUGACAACUUUACAGACUUUAAAUUUAUCUGGGAAUAAUCUGGGAGACAUCAAGAGUGCAGGAAAACAUCCAAAUUUAACAGAUUUACAGAUACAAGGAAAUAAAUUAACUGAAACAGAACAUGUAUGUACGCAGUUUCCUAAUUUAGAAGUCUUGAAUAUAUCAUUUAAUCUACUUGAUUCGUGGAAAGAAGUGAUUAAUCUUCAAAAUCUUGCAUCUCUGACGGAACUGACGGUGAAAUGUAAUUCCUUUGUGCACCAGUACAAAUAUUAUCACGCUGAUGUGGUGAAAGAAAUUCCUUCAUUGCAGUGGUUGGACGGGAUUAAUGUGAAACAAAAUAAGAAAGCGUUAAAUAAUUCAAAUAUCCGACAGGCGUCUGCAUAUGCUGGAGCUGUUGGAAAUGAUUUAAAUAAGGAGUUGGAAUCACUCGAUUUAAGUCCAGAAAUUAUAAACGAUAUUACUGAGAGGUUUGUGAAAAUACGGUCUAGCAUCUCCAAAUUAUAAGAGAAACUUGACGUAAUGAAGCGAUAAGAGGAACUCCAAGAAGCAAACGAACAAUCAUAUUUAUAAUUCAUUAAAUCAUCUUAUUUAAACCUUUUUGAAAGAAUAGGUAGAAAUAAACACAGAGUCGCACACACCUAUACACACAUGUGUGUGUAUGUGAUCAAAAUUCAAUUAAAAUCCCAUCAAUAGAAUUAUCAUGUUUCCCCUUUCAAUGUACAAAAACAAAACACAUCUGGGUGUGCUUUUAUACCUAACACAAACAUAGAAACUAUCAUCUCUUACUAAAAGCUUGUGUCAAGUGCAUAUAUUUAUGUACUAAAAUUCAUAAACUUUUUUAUUUACUUAUUUACUUGUCUAUGCUAUACAUUAUGUAAAUUAAUGCAUAUGUAUGUGUGUGUUUGUGUGUGUGUGUGUGAGAGAGAGAGAGAGAGAGAGAGAGAGAGAGGAUGGAGCCUGCAUGUGCGCCAUAUUAAACGAACAUUCCCAUUAAAAUGUAAAUCAGACGCAAAACCAGCACUCCUUGCGGUCUUUAGAAAACUAAAGUAGAUAUAGCAUGCUGCACUUUGAUUUAAUAUCCAAAAUUUAUACAAACGACAUUUACAGAUACUGGUUUCAAAACAAAUAUAUUCUAUACUGUAAUUAUUGAUUUCAAAUAUUAGCACAAAGCCAGCAAUUUUAGAGUAGGGGUUAAGUCAAUUACAUCGACCCCAGUGUUCAACUGUUAAUUAUGGUAUCGACUCCGAAAGAACUCCGAACGUAAAAGGGGAUGAAAUGCCGCUUAGCCCGGCGUGCUACCGAUUCUGCCAGCUCGCCGUUUUAUUCUAUUCCAUAAUUAUUAUUUCGUAUCUAUACCAAUAAUAAUUUGUCCCCUCAAGUAGAUAACUAAAUAUUUUAUUUAAAAUUUUUAAAUGCAGAGAUUUUCAGGUGAAGAUAGUAAUUUGUAACAUGCCCUCUGAAUACAAAACAAUGAAAUAUGCAAGAGUUUCUAAAGUCAACCGUGUGCUCUGAAGGAAAUGCAAUAAAUUGUAAUGAAAAGGAGCCAGCCUGAAAAUAUAAACGGGAUUUUACAUAAACUUAGAAAAGAAAAUUGCUCGAAAUUUGAACAUAUAUUCCAUCUAGCAUUGUUUGCUAGAAAAACGAAAUAAAAUUUCCCUCUAUAAUUUGAAGCCAGUUUAUUUCGUAUAUAUUUUUCAUGACACAUACUUUUAAAAGAAUAUAAUCUUGCAAUCGGGGAAACUAAGAGAUCUGCUAGUUUUGCGAGAUCUUCAACUGAAUGUUUGUAAUGAUACGGUGAACGUCGUUUCUAUUUUUAAAUUACGGAGGAUGCUGGAAAGGUUAGGUAGGAAGUGACGUAGAUAUAUGUAUGCAUAUACACGUAUAACGACAUACGCUAUGUACACCUGUGUGCAUAUUGUGUGUGUGUGUGUGUGUGUGUGUGUGUGUGUGUGUGUGUGUGUGUGUGUGUGUGUGUGUGUGUAGUUACAUACAUGCAAACGUACAUACAAACAUACAGAAAAGCAGACGCACAUAAGUUUCAACAGAUAAAAACCACGAUGUCACUAGAAGCACUGAUUCAUCUACACGCAUGCGUUUUAGGCGGUGAUCUGGCGUUAAUAAUGUUUUAUAUUUCAACAUCGUUUAGACUUCAUAGUGAUAACACUUAUCAAAAGUUGUCUCGAUCGACACCACUUGACAAUAGAAUAGGUCGUCACUCUUCACAUCGCCUUUGAUAGAUACACGUGAAUAACUUCAUUCACGUGAUUAUUUUAGAAUGUCUCAGGUGGGUAUAAAUAGCACAGACAUCACGACGAUCGAUGUAAUGUUGUUGGCGGCAAAUAUCCAGCAUAUGUUGCUUAUCCAGAGAUGGGAAACGGAUUAAUAUUGUGCAGAUUUCAUUUGGUUCUUAGCUUCAGACAUAUCAAUGAGAUUUUAUGAUUAUUUUGUGAGAUUGCUGUCUUGGCUAUUCACCAAUGUUUUUUUUUAAAUAUUCUCCCUAUUAUGUUGCUAUCUGAAACUAUAAUCUCAU